GACUUCGGUCAUUAUUGCCCAGGGAGCUGCUUUUUUGGUGACCUGUGGACUUGGCCUGUAGCACUACUGCUUUUUCCUUGUCAGUGAGCUUUGUUGGUGUAGUUAGUAUAGUUAGCAUCGUUUGUUAGGUGUAUUCGCGUAGGAUAGUUAGUAGUUUGUCAGUUUUGUUACCAUGCUGUAGUUAGUGUUGUUACCAUAUUACCGUUAGUAUUGUCUGUUAGUAGCAUUAGUAUGGCGUAGUUAAUAUUGCUUUUUAUUAAGAUAGUAUACUUAGAGUUGUUCUUUUGUAGUGUUCGUGUAAUUAGUAUUGUCACUCUAUUUAGCGUUAUCUAUUAACAUCGUCAGCGUAGUCCGUGUAGUUGGGGUGGUGAGUGCCGUUGGUGCCCUUCGCCUGGCUGGUCCAGCGCUUGUGGUCACUGGUUCGCAAGCGCAGUUCGCGUAGCGUUACCAUGGAGGGGACCACGGAGGCCUCGGCCUCCUCUUUACCCAUGGAGGAGCUGGAGAAGUAUAACAUCCUCAAGACGAUCGGCUCGGGCACCUACGGCAAGGUGAUGCUGGCCGAGCACAUUCCCACGGGCACCCACGUGGCCCUGAAGAUGAUACCCAAGAAGACCCUCCCCAGCCUGGAAAACGGCAACCUGGAGGCCGAGGCCCUGAGGGCCCUGCGGCACCCGAACAUCCUGAAGCUUCUGGACGUCAUCGAGGACGAACACUUCAUCUGGCUGGUCACGGAGUACGCCCGCGGCGGGGACCUCUUCUGGCACGUGGCGCGGCGCCGUGGCCUGGGCGAGGAGGAGGCCCGGCCCUUGUUCCGCCAGCUGCUGGCCGCCGUGGGGCACUGCCACGAGCACCGCAUCGUGCACCGCGACCUCAAGAGCCCCAACGUCCUCCUGGACGCGCACGGGAACGUGAAGCUGGCCGACUUCGGCUUCGCGGCGACGUUCAGUGACGAGGAAGACCUGUACACCUUCUGCGGGACUCCCUGCUUCUGCCCGCCCGAGAUGUUCCUGGAGGAGGAUUACCGGGGCCCGGAGGUGGACGUGUGGAGCCUGGGCGUCCUCCUCUACUUCAUGGUGGCCGGGCGCAUUCCAUUCGACGGCAGCAGCUGGGAGGAGCUGAAAACGACCAUCACCGAGGGAAGGUACGAGACGCCGGCUUCCUUCUCUCGAGAGCUGACGGCACUCCUGCGGAAGAUCCUCACCGUGGACCCCAAGUUGAGGCCCGCCCUUUCUGGACUCAUGGAGGACGUCUGGGUCCAGGGGCAGGGGACACCAAAGGCCACAGCGUCUGCGCGUUCUCUACGAAGCAGGUGGAGGAGUCCCCAAGUUAGCGUAGCCCCCCAGCGCAGCCCCGAGGCCUCCCCGUCCACCCAGAGCAGCAGCCUUGGGGAAGAGACAAGUGGAGACGGCUCUGUCCGGCCCGGGAAGCCGCACGAGGAGAGCGCGACCUCUCUCUCGGAAGAGGAAGACGGCCAGGGCCUGAAGGGGCUGGCUAGAAGGCUGGGCAAGUUCCUUUUAACAUAUUGCUGCAUCCUCCCAGCAGAAAAGAUCUGCCGCAGACACAGAAAGCUGAACAAGGUGGUGCCAGUGAGUCAGGACAGCUGAAGCGGCCAGGACAGAACGGAGACCAAGAAGCCCCUGAGCUGCCCGGAUCCUGACAACGCGGAGCGGGAGGUCAGCCAGUUGACCUUCUGCAGUUUCCAGAGCAGAAGACACAAGGUGGAAACUGAAUUGCACCAUCCUGGAUUCUGAACUUUCUAGUUCUGAAUCCUUGUUGUGCCAACCAGGAGCAAAAGCAUUCGCCGCCGCCGCCACCACCUUGUUUGCCCGUCUGCAGCGGAUCUUUGGGGCUGGCAGGAAGGAGUGAAGCUGGCAAGCGUCCUGGCGAGCUUCUGCGGCCUGGCCGUCUUCACAGGUGGCAGAGUCCCCGGCCGUCGUGGUGUAGAGGACAGCCCCUGGCGCCACGCGUCCACCACUGGUCCCACGGAGUCCUCGUUCAGCAACUUCUCGGGCACAAAAAAAACAACAACAGGAGUUCCACAGAAGGUGUCCAGCUUCUCUGCGCUAAAUGGGUGGCAAAGCCAAAGUCGUCCACAUCGAUGUUGUCACUGUCAUCGAGGAGGAUGUUUGGGGACUGUAGGAUAUAACCUGACUCUCGUGGCAAAACUGCACGCAGCAGGGAUCUGUUGGAAUUGGGCUCGUGCCGCCGCCGCCUCCUCCUCCUCCUCCUCCUCCUCCUCCUCCUCCUCCUCCUCCUCCUCCUCCUCCUCCUUUUCCUCCUCCUCCAGGUGGCCGUGUCUCCGUGCAUUCUGGAAAAGGGCUCCACCACUGGCAUAUUUUGUGAGUACACACAGGGUGUCUUCAGUCUCGGUGACACCAACCACUUCAGGAUGUUUAGAGGGACCCGGAUUUGAAAUCCAUACAGACACUUUCCAGGCUAUACAGGCUCUGCCUGAACACUACUGGGCUCUGUCCCAGCAGCAAGGUGACAGGCCAGCAUCACCUUGGUGAUGGCUCACCAGCCACUUUCCUCAGGAGCUUGUCAUUGUUCAGCGCCUCAAUGGACACACUGCAGGGGACACUCUGCCGCGUGGUCGUGUCCGUCUGCACGAACGCCACGCUAGCUGUGCUGGCACCUAGUGAGCACUGCCCGCUACACGCCCUGGGCUGGGGACACUAACGGUGCCACGACACCAGCUCCAUGAACCAGGCUGACGGUACCAACAAUACUAACUGUCCUAACAGCACUGACUACACUGUGCUGUCGCUACUGACAGACAGUCGGCUGCUGUGCUAGCACUGCUAGCACACCGCACUGACGCUGCUAGGCUGACACCACUGACAGGCAGCACUGACUGUCCUAGGCCAGCACCACCAACCAACGACACUAACUGUACUGACUACAAGAGCACUGCCAACUAACAAUGAUGAAACAGUGUUGCUACGGUCAGACUACCAGUUCCCCAGCACCUUCCUGGUCAAUAAGCACUGGUUAUGGUAUUACUGACACCUACGCUCAGCCUAGGUUUCAGUAAUUCUAUAACAAUGGCUGUUUCUGAUGUCAGAAUAACCAAG